GUUUCAUCGUACAGUGCGAUGCUGUCAAGCCGUCCUGCGGUCAGUGUCUGCGCAGAGGCGUCAUGUGUCGAGGCUAUGUCAAAGCCCUCAACAUAGUCUGGGAGCAUCCCGGGAGGAAAAAGUUAUCGACUCCGACGACUGCGAUGGAAGGAGCAGUAGCCAGAAAGACUGCCAUGCACUAUGACGGCAACAAUUUCCCUUUGCGGGCACUCCCACCAUCCUGUCAUGAUACUGCUGCUCGCAUGCAGACAUAUGGCCGAUUUUUCGACAUUUACCUACCACAUACGUCAGCUCAAUGGCCAAAUUUGAACUCAGACAUUGGGAUUCUGCCCGAAACAUCUUGGCUCAAGGCUGGAGCUUCCGUCGCUGCAACGAAUCCUGUCUUGAACGAUGCCCUGACAGCUCUGUCACUAGCUCACAUUGGUUCAUCCGGCAAUCGAAGAGAAAUGCUUCAUGCAAGUCAAGCAUUGUACGUUGGAGCUGUUGGUGGGGUGAACAAACUACUCAGGGACAAAACGGCGGUUAUGGAGGACACAACAUUGGCCAUUGUAAUGGCACUUGGUCUUUACGAGAUGCAAGCAGGAAUGUCUGUCAGGUCAAAAAGCUGGCUGUCGCACGUAAAUGGGGCGUCGGCGCUUAUCCAUCUACGCGGUGAAAGUAAUUUCUUCUCAGAAUUGAGCCACAAACUGUUCUUUGGCACCCGACUUACAGAGUUGAUCAAUGCAGUUGGAAACCGACAGCGCUGCGAUAAUGCUGCACUAUGGUCGUCACUUAGGUCUUCGCCUUUGGAGCCCGAGAUGGACUCCUCACAUGCUCGUCUGUUCGAGAUCCUGGAGUCUCUGCCUGACAUUCUGGGCCUAUGGGACCGCAUCAAAACAAUCCCAGAACAGGAUGUGAAUCUCCUCCUGGUGAUGACGACCGAGUUUGUACGGCAAUGUCAAGACUUUGAAACUCGUCUAACAGACUGGCUCAACGGAUUAGAAUUUGUGUAUGGGUGUGAUGAACCUCAUCAGGACUUCUCUCCAAGCCAUUCUUCUAAUGCCUCCGAGAGCAUUAGCGAGCCAUCUUCGGCACUCUAUUGGUUCGAGCCAUCGAAUUUGUAUGGACAACUCCUGCCGACGGACCCAGCCCGCAUAUUUCCGUGCUUCGUUUGUUUCGGCGAUCCGAACUUAGCGGAGCAGAUCACAUUGUACUGGACUGGCCUUUUGCUUAUACGCAUUAGCCUUGACGGUGCUCGAGAGCGUUGCAGUCGCGCUGGAUUAUCGCUUGCCGCUAUGUCACAGGUGGGGAAAGUUUCCCCUCAAAAAUCAGCGCAGACCUUUGCACUGUACAUCGCACAGUCUCUCGAAUAUUUCCUUCACCCGGAUAUGGGAUUGUUGGGGACGAAUUUUGUCGGAUUUCCGCUUGCUGUCGCGCAAGGCUAUUUUGAAAGCUGUGGGGCAAAGGAGGCUCUGUGGUUUGAUGUCAUCUUCAAGAGGAUGCGAGAGAUGAGGAGUGGCCUGGCCGUGUUUCUCGAGGACAUGUACAAGGGCCCGACCUUGACACUUGUGAGAAGGUGA